CUUCCGAAGCACGUCUCAUUCACAAAAUCCCUUCUUUUCUUUUAUUUUUUAAUCUUUUUUUCCUUCUCUUUUCUCUCAUCUCACCAGACAAACACUCACUCCAGUUCUACUCUUCCGUCGUCUUCUUCAAUCUUCACACACAAACACAUCACUGCUUUACAAAUCUCAGAUGGGUUUUCUCUUAAUUACUUCACAUUAAAAGUUCCUCCUAUACCCAUUUCAUCUCUCUCUCUCUCUCUCUCUCUAUUAUCUGAGCUACAUUUACUCACAGACGUUUUAAAAAAGAACAGAGGGAUGAGGAGUAACUAAGGAGAGGUUUUGAAACGUAAAUGUUAAUGUGAAAUAUAAGGGUUGGUUACCGAAUCAGAGAUCUUAGAAGGCUAACAGGCCAAGAAAAGAAGAGCAAUGAAGAUUUUGGGGGAAGCUUCUUGGUGUUUUUGUAAUGGGGGAGGGAAGUCCGAGAGGAUGAAAGGGAGCAUUUUCUGCAAUAAAGGUGCGGCAAUGUCGAGGGUCGUUGGUGGGACUGGGUUUCUUAUCCAUAGGAACCUGUUUUUGACGACCCACGUCAACCUUCCUUCAGUGUCGGCAGCUGAUGGGUUGGAGAUCCAGUUGCAGGACCGUAUUGCUGCAAAGCUCUUCCCUCACAGGUUCUUCAUUACCAGCUCUGUUCUUGAUCUUACUAUUGUGGGUUUAGAUGCCAUUGAUGGUGACUCAAAUGCCCAAGGGCAUCAGCCUCAGUGCUUGAAGACCUGCUCAAAUCCGAGUCUUGAUUUGGGCAGUGUAGUUUAUCUUCUAGGCUACACAGACAAAAGGGAAUUGACAGUGGGAGAGGGAAAGGUGGUGAUAGCUACUGAUAAUCUCAUAAAAGUAUCAACAGAUGGAAUAACUUGGAGCCCUGGGUCUGCUGGUUUUGAUGCCCAGGGUAAUCUUGCCUUCAUGGUUUGUGAUCCUAUGAAGCUUGCCACAUCUCCAACUGCCAAGUCUACCUCAACCUCAUCAUCUUCAUCAUCAUCAUGGAAGAAGGAUAGUCCUAUGCAAUUCGGCAUCCCCAUUCCCGUCAUCUGUGAUUGGUUAAAUCAGCACUGGGAGGGCAGCUUGGAUGAGCUCAACAAGCCGAAGUUACCACUCAUUCGGUUGAUGUCCACAGGGCAGAAGAGUGAACAUUCCUGUGCUUCCUUCACUAUGCGACAGGUUUUCAAAUCAACAGUAGGUGAAAACGAUGACACCUCGACAUCAUCGCACAUCAUAUCAGGACCACAGAAUCAGCACGGACCAAGCUGUUCUGCUGCUGCAAACGUAUGCCAAGAGGACAUCCCGGUUGCUGAUUUGUGUUCUACUAUUCAUGAGCAGGGUAUUCCAACUCCUGAGAUUUAUGAAUCUCCAAGAUUGAACUCAGUACCUGUUCGAAAGAAGGAAAAUACCCAAAUCCAGCUUUUGGAUAUUAAUUUCCCAUCAAGUGCCCCAAAAGCUAUAGUCUUGCCACAUCCCAUUAAAAGGUUGCCACUACACUCUGAUGGAAACGGUGUUGCAGAACUUGCGUUGCCAACUGCAUUGAAAAAAAACAACCAAAUUGAAGAAAGAGGACCACCCAGUCAUAGUGAGGAUGCUGUAAUAUCAACUCAUUCUGUUAAUGGGGACCACAGUGAGGUCCAGUCCAGUUCAUCUCCAAUAGAGGUCUCACGUUGGCAGAAUGAGGGGAAUGGAUUCCAUGCUGGCUAUAGCAGUGAGGGGGAAACCAUGUAUUCAGCUGAAACAGCUGAGAGCCGGAACUACCCAAGCCCUAAGGUAGAAAAGUUUCAACAAGUGGGGAGGUGCCACAGCUGCGUAAGUUACAACAGAUGGAAUACCGCUCAAAGAAAUCCUGUAGCAUGCAGGGCAUCACUGGAUAAUCAGCGAAGCUUCAUCCAGGGGAGGAAAAUGCACUCACAUGGAGCAACAUCUCAGAGGAGCCAUGACUACUACAGCCCCACUGUUUCCUCAAUCAUGAAGAAACGUAACAAUUCAGAGCAACUGAGCAAACCCCGCCAUAGUGUUGUUUACUCGUCUCCAAGAUGGAUGUUUUGAUCAAAACUCAGCAGGGUAUAGUAUCUGGAGGAAUUGUGGAAACCAUCGAGAAUCCUCCAAUAUCCACCUUGAAUGGUGGAAAGUCGUACCAACCCAUCUGUUUUCACUUAUUAUUCUGUCUGAUUUUUUUAUUUUAUGUGCAGAACACUAGGUGAAUAAGCAAUUUUUGCUCAAGAGAGGUAUUUAGCUCAUUACCUUUGUAUAAUCUUUGCUUGAAAUAGUCUUUUUGUUGAUGUUGCCA